AGAGGGAUGGCAAGAGUAUAUAAAUGCAACGGUUUUGGAUUGAUGUUCAGAGUUUACGCGAUUCUUUUUGUGUAAACGAAAUCUGGAGAGGGUGGUGAAUGAGCAGUUCAGGCGCUUCAAGAUGACUGACAAAGUGACAUUCACGAUCAACGGAGUGCAACAUGAAAUCGGGGCGGACGUCACCGCGGACACCAGCCUGUCCACGUACCUCCACGCGCAGCACCUGAGGGGGACGCGCGUCACCUGCGGGACUGGAGGCUGCGGCGCCUGCGUGGUGCUGGUGACGAGGCCGAGUCCCGACACAGGGGAGAAGAUGUCUUACUCGGCGCUCAGCUGCCUGAUCCCCGUGCUCGGCUGCAGUGGCUGGGAGAUCACGACCAUAGAGGGUCUAGGGAACCGCUUCGAUGGCUACCACGUUAUCCAAGACCGGCUUGUGGAACACUACGGUACCCAGUGUGGCUAUUGCUCUCCUGGAAUGGUCAUGAGCAUGUAUGGGAUGACUCAGGAGAAAUCCAGCUGGACGGAUUCCGACGUCGAGGGGAUCCUGGACGCCAACCUCUGUCGCUGCACAGGAUACCGCCCCAUCGUGGACGCUUUCAAGGCCGUCACUGUGCAGGAUAUCGAGGACUCCCACACGCUCAGCUGUCCCCGAACAGGUCAGCCUUGUAAGGGUCGGUGCUCGUUGAAAUCAGCUGACAUUAAGACAAGCUCCUGCUCGAAGCCAAGUGAGAAGCCGGAAUCACGGCUCAUCCAGCUGAGAGAUGCGACUUGGCAUCAACCCGCAUCCCUUCAGGAACUUUACAGCACCCUAAGUGACUUGCCACAGGGAACCAAGUAUCGGUUUGUAUGCAGUGACACAGGGAAAGGCAUAUUUCACAACGAGGGACCCUACAGCGACUACAUCUCCACCACCAGCGUCCCCGAGUUCUCCCGCGUGGCAGCAUCUUCGUCUGGCCUGGUUUUCGGUGCCAAUGUCUCCAUCAGCCGCAUGAUGUCUGAACUCUCCAAUGCCUCGCAAAGUCUGUCUGGUUUCGGCUUUGCGGAGAAGAUCGUCAAGAUGUGGAAGAGAGUGGGUGGAACUGCUCUGAGGAACAUGGGGAGCUGGGCUGGCAACUUCGCAAUGAAAAUGGCGCACAAAGGCUUUCCCUCUGAUGUCUUCUUGAGCCUCAUGGCAGCUGGGGCGGUAGUGAAGUCAGGCAGCCCUUACGGCGGAGACAAGGAGCACACCCUCGACCACCUCUUGGACCUGGACGUCGAGGCCGAGCGGAGGGUGCUGCUGGAGCUGAGGGUGCCGCCCCUGAGCGAUGAGGUGGUUUUCAGGCUCUUCAAAAUUGCCCCCCGCAACGCCAACGUGCACGCCUACAUGAACGCCGCCUUCAGCAUGCGGGUGGACAGUGCCAACGCCCACACGGUGGUCGGGCGGCCCAUGAUCCUGUUUGGAGGCAUCAAUGAAGAGUUUCUGCAUGCCUGGGGUGCCGAGGCCGCUCUCGAGGACAGCAGCUUGGAAGACGAGGCCAUAGUGCAGGCCGCUCUGACAGCCCUUCGCGACGAGAUCCACCCAGACGACCUCCCAGAGAACCCCUCGGCAAAGUAUAGGGUUGACCUCGCCCAGGGCCUGCUCUACAAGACUAUCCUUGGCAUCGUAGGAGACAUCGCCGACCCAAGUGUUGCCAGCGGCGCCUCAGACCUCGAGAGACCUCUGGCGAGCGGACAGCAAAACUACGACGAAAACGCAGACCGUUGGCCUCUCUCCAAGCCCGUGACCAAAGUCGAGGGCCACAUCCAGUGCAGCGGCGAGGCGGACUUCGUAGCCGACUUGCCGGCGAUGUGCGAGGAGCUGAGCGGCUGCUUCGUCACUACCACGCAAGCCAAUGCCAGGAUCGUGAGCAUUGAUACGUCGGCCGCUCUGGCAAUCCCAGGGGUCGAAGGAUUUGUCGGGAUUCAGGAUGUGACGGGCGUGAACAACAUCCAGGUCCUGCAGUGGCCGCACCCCGAACCGCUCUUCGCCGAGGAGAGAGCCUCGUACUACGGCCAACCCUGGCUGAUCGUCGCCAAGACCGCCGAACUCAGCAAGCAAGGAGCAGCCGCUGUCGUGGUUACUUACGACGACAUCCAGGCCCCCGUGCUGACGAUCGAGGAAGCCCAGCAGAAGCCCCUUCCCUCCCCGCAGGGCGACCCGUUCGUGGAGGGAGAUGUGCAAGCCGGAUUCGCUGCUUCGACCCACGUGCUGGAGGGCGGCGUGGGCCACGACUGGCAGUACCACUUCUACAUGGAGAAUCAGCGGUUCCAACAGGACGACGGACUCGAUGUGUUCACGUCUUCCCAGUGGGCCAUCGAUCGAACGCAGCGCUCCAUUGGCCAAGUCCUGGGGUGCCGGACAACACACUCAUUUAGACGUUAUCCUCCCUUUCCCACCUCUUCGCCCCCGCGUUCGAUUCGCAGCGUGAACGUGAGUGUGAAGCGUAUUGGCGGCGGCUUCGGCGGGAAGAUCACGCGCGGGAACAUCAUCGCAGCGGCCACGUGUCUCGCCGCCAGGAAGAUGCGCAAGCCUGUGAGGACCGUGCUGGAUAUGGCCACCUGCAUGACCAUGCUCGGGGGGCGGGACCCCUUCUGGAGCACGUACAAGGUCGGUGUCGAUGCUGAGGGAAGGCUACAGGCUGUGCAGGCUACGAUGACGAGCAAUGCAGGCUACGUGAAUGUCGACCCUAACAACACCGUCUCCCCCCCGUCUGUGCCCUCCUGCUACAACUGUCCGAACUGGGAAAUUACACCUGUCACCGUGCUCACUAAUACGCCCAAUAACACCUGGACUCGUACACCAGGAACCACCGAAGGCGUUACCCUGAUGGAGACGAUCAUCGAGCACGUGGCCGUCGCUCUUAAUCUGGACCCUCUCCUGGUACGCCAGAGGAACCUCAUGUCGGAUGGCUCAUUCAGACGUAUUAGCGAGGGAGUUUUUCGCCUUCGCUGCGGCAGGGGUGGACAAAACGCCAUCGCCAUACCCAAGCAGGUCAAGGUGGAAAGGAACAUCAUUGGCGACAUGCUGACCCAGCUGAUGUCCAGCGCCGACGUCGAGAACCGAAAACAGAUGGUCGACAACUUCAACAAGAAUCACCUGUGGAAGAAGAAGGGAAUUUCGGUGAUGACGAUGCUGUGGCCUCACGUGAUCCCUCUCGUCUAUCCCAUGAACUCCCUGGUGUCCAUCAACCAAAGGGAUGGCACUGUGGCCGUGUCUCAUGGGGGCACGGAGCUCGGGCAGGGCAUGAACACGAAGGUAUGAGGUUUUUCGCGGUGCAAAGUGGUCGCCUACGAGCUCGGGUGCCCCAUGGAGGUCGUGGUGGUCAAGCCGACAACCUCGCAUGCCAACGCCAACUCGGAGGGCACGAACGGCGCUCGCGGGUCCUACGUCAUAGCCUACCAGCCUCUCCCACAGAGCGUGAGCGAGGCCUGCAAGAAGCUGCGGGCGCGACUGGACACCGUGAAGAAGUCCCUGGGCGUCGAGGACAUAUCGUGGAAGGACCUGGUCGCGGCGGCGGCGAGCGAGGGCGUCGACAUAAGCGAGAGAUAUUGUAACGGGCCCAAUGAAGUCAAGUCUUACCCGGUGUUUGGAGUGUGCUGUGUCGAGGUCGAGCUGGACGUCCUCACUGGCCAGUUCUUGGUCCUCCGCGCGGAUAUCCUACAGGACGCAGGCACGAGCAUGAGUCCCAUGGUCGACGUGGCCCAAGUGGAGGGCGGGUUCGUCAUGGGCCAGGGUCUCUUCACGUCGGAGAAGGCCAUCUACGACCCCGCCACUGGGAGGAGAAUCACGGACGGGACAUGGCACUACCAGGUCCCCACCGCCCACGACGUCCCAGCUGACUUCCGGGUGUCCCUUCUGUCCAGCACGCCCCACCCCAUCGGCGUCCUCGACUCGAAGGCCACGUCAGAGCCACCAGUGCCGCUUUCUUAUACGGUGUUGAUGGCACUACGGAAUGCGGUCGCCAGUGCCAGGGCCGACGGGGGCACCGAGGGCUGGUUCAACAUAGAGGCGCCAUUCAACGUCGAAAGGCUGCAACAGCUGUGUCUCGUAGAACCUUCGAGAAUGGUUCUUCAUCCUGGCGGUCGCUAAUUUUUGUUUGUUUGUUUGUUUGUUUGUUUCUAAAGUGUAUUGGAUGAUUUUUUUUUCUUUGUGGGGUUUAUUUAUUGUUAUGUGAUGAUGAUGAUGAUGA